AUGAUCACCAAUCUGCCAAACGAUUUGAUGGAGGAUAUUUUGUCUAGGGUUCCUAUAGAACGUAUGAGAGCAGUGCGAUUAACUUGCACAAAGUGGAACACUCUAUCGAAUAGUCCGAUCUUUGCAAAGAUGCACAUUGAUAAAGCAUUUGAUCCAGCAAAGGAAGAUGAAUCUGAGUCUCGGAUAAUCGUGUUGAUGGAAGAAAAUCUUUAUUUACUGAGCGUCUUCGUCAACGUCAACGUCUACGACGUUAUUAUUGAUUUUUCUGUAGAGCAAACAGGUAAACUAACUUGCCUUGACGAACAAGUCAAAAUAUCUAAUGUCUAUCACUGCGACGGGUUAUUGUUAUGUAUCCUGGAAGACGUUGCUACUAGGGUUGUGGUUUGGAAUCCAUAUUUGGGACAAACAAGGUGGAUCCAACUCAGAUCUUCACACGUCGUCCCUUGGGGACUAGGAUUUCAUAACGUGUCCCGUUACGGUAUCGGAUACGAAGACAAAGGACCUGGUCGUAACCACAAAAUAUUGAGGUUUAUAGAUGUUUUCUUAAUGGAAGACGGGUACAAGUUUUUAUGGUAUGAAAUAUAUGAUUUCGAGUCUGGUUUAUGGACGACUCUUGAUGUCACUGAGCCACACUGGCGUAUAACACAUGGCGAUGGCGUUUCUGUCAAAGGAAACACUUACUGGUGUGCUAGAGAAAGGGACGCAGAGGGAUGGAAUGGUCGGAGGGAUUAUAUCAAACACAUAAUAUGUUUUGAUUAUACAAGAAAGAGAUUUGGGCCUCUUCUGCCUCUGCCGAGUGAAUAUACGUAUGCGCAUGUGACCUUAUCUUGUGUCAGAGAAGAGAAGCUCGCGGCUUUAUGUAACUCCGACGAGAAUGAUGAUUAUUGGUUUGAGAUAUGGAUCACGACUAGGAUUGAGGCCGGAAAGGUGUCGUGGAGCAAGUUCUUCACAUUUAAUCCUAAUUCACUCCCUCAUGACAGUCUGUUUUCAUUCAGUGGUUUUUAUAUUGACCAAGUGAAGAAAGUCGUCAUGUUUUCUGGUAAAAGGUUGAAUUACCACACUGUUUGCAUCGUUAAUGAAGAGGGUGAAUACCAAGGGGAAGUGGCUAUCGGAAAUCUUACCGAAGAAAAGUGGUGGCGAUCAAGUUUGUGCCCUUAUGUUCCAAGUUUAGUGCAAGUCAAAGGAGGCCGGAGGGAAAAACAAAGUGAUUUAGAGAAUUUUCGAUAUGAUGAAAUGAUGUCGAGGCUUACACUCUUUCUUUGGAGGUGUAAAAAGCUUGGUCGCAACUGCUCAAUCUCAACGUAA